GAGAGCCUGAUGCUGCAGGUCAGCUCCACUAACCCUCGCGAGGAGGCCAUUGACACUGACCUCAUCUGGGCCAAAAUGCUGAGUUCUAAGGAGGCUGGCUUCCUCAUGGGAGCCUCAUGUGGAGGAGGCAACAUGAAAGUAGAUGAUGCAGCCUAUGAAAGCAUGGGUCUUCGCCCACGGCAUGCCUACUCCAUAUUGGAUGUACGAGAUGUGCAAGGAUACAGACUGCUGCGACUUCGUAAUCCCUGGGGCCGCUUCUCUUGGAAUGGCAGCUGGUCCGACGAAUGGCCCCACUGGCCCUCCCAUUUGCGUCAUGAGCUGAUGCCCCACGGGAGCAGCGAGGGGGUCUUCUGGAUGGAAUACAGCGACUUCAUCAGGUAUUUCCCAGGGGGAGCCAGCUGCGUCUCAGAGAGC